GGGGGUCACGUGAUGACUGACGGGGGUCAAGUGAUGAUUUCUAUAGAAAACGAAGUGUCGGACGCCUCGGCCUGGACCCGGACGGUUCUAGCGUAUGUCGCCACGUGGUCCGUUACCGUGCGUUCCGGAUCCGUCCCGAGCGCGUCACGGAUCGUGUCAGUGGCGCCAUCUGUCCGUCGGGAAUACUCAGUCGUUAACAAUGCGUUUGCGCAGCGAUCUAGAUUGUUUUGUUCCAAAAUGGGCACGGAGCAGAAAGUGCACAACGUUCCAGUUUCCCUCAUCACGGAGAUUAACAGCAGCAACUACGAUGCCUUAGUGGUGAUCACCGUGCCCGGGACACCUCCUCCCCAGGCCUUGGAGGACUUCAUAGCAGCAGCCGUGCAGACGGACAAGGGUCUAGAGAAGAAACCAGGCGUGCUGCACUGCACUCGUGUGUCCGGCAACAGGCUUGUUCUGUCGCCCACUGGACCCCUCACACCGUACGAUGACGUCAGGUCUGUGUACGAGGCCGCGCUGGGCGGGCUGCGGCGCGCGGCGGAGGCGGGCGCGCGGCGGCCCGCGCUGGCGCUGCCGGGCGCCGCCGCGUGGCCCAGGGCUCCGCUCGUGGCCCUGCUCGGGGCCCUGGAGGCGCUCUACGUGCCCAUCCAAAUCCGCGAAACGUUCCCAUCGCAAGCGCACUCAAUCAAGUCGCUCGGUGUGUACGGCGAGGGUGUUGCCAACAUCAACAACGUAAUACGUGACGCUUGCGCGCUAGAAGUUGCCAGAGGCGUGUCCCGCGACAUCGGCGGAGCUGACCCCGAGCGCAUGACGCCGCUGCGCGUCGCCGAAUAUGUUCGCGGCGCGUUCGGCCCGAGCGUGCGCGUUCGCGUCGAGGACGAUCCGACCAAGUUGGCCAAGAACUACCCGCUGUUUGAAGCAGUUAAUAGAGCUGCGAAUCAAGUUCCGAGGCACCGAGGUUGUAUCAUCUUCUUAGACUACGAACCGGAGAGCUAUGAAGAGACGGUGAUGUUGGUCGGCAAGGGUGUGACGUACGACACGGGCGGCUGCGACAUCAAGGCGGGCGGCGUGAUGGCCGGCAUGUCGCGCGACAAGUGCGGCGCGGCGGCUGUCGCCGGCUUCCUCAAGGCUUGUGAACUUCUGAAACCAAACCUCCGCGUGUCAGCAGCGCUCUGCAUGGUUCGUAACUCCGUUGGUUCCGAGGCCUACGUGGCCGACGAGCUGAUCAAGUGUCGGCGAGGACUCGCCGUGCGGGUCGGGAACACGGACGCCGAGGGAAGGAUGGUCAUGGCAGAUGUGCUGGAUGAGAUGCGCGAACGAGCCGAGUCGGCCCGCAAGCCGCACGUGUACACCGUGGCCACGCUGACCGGGCACGCCGUGCGCGCGGUGGGGCCGGCGUACACCAUUGUGAUGGACAACCAUGCUGCCAGAGCUAAGGGCCACGCGGAAGCCUUCCGGGCGUCAGGCGAGAGCGUGGCCGACAUGGUGGAGGUGUCCACCAUCCGGCGCGAGGACCUGGCCUUCCACCGCGGGCUCUGCCCAGGGGACCACGUGCACCAGGCCAACAACCAGCCCUCCACACAGACCAACCGAGGUCACCAGGGUCCGGCCGGCUUCCUGCUGCUGGUGUCGGGGCUGGAGGCGGGCGCAGUGCCCUACUCGCACGUGGACGUGGCGGGCUCGGCCGGCGCCCUGCCGCAUCCCCCCACGGCCGCGCCGCUGCUCGCGCUCGCCGCGCACUACAAGCUGCUCGGCUGCUAGCUGCUCCCUGCUCCCUGCCCCGCCCGCCCACGGCCGCGCCGCUGCUCGCGCUCGCCGCGCACUACAAGCUGCUCGGCUGCUAGCUGCUCCCUGCUCCCUGCCCCGCCCGCCCACGGCCGCGCCGCUGCUCGCGCUCGCCGCGCACUACAAGCUGCUCGGCUGCUAGCUGCUCCCUGCUCCCUGCCCCGCCCGCCCACGGCCGCGCCGCUGCUCGCGCUCGCCGCGCACUACAAGCUGCUCGGCUGCUAGCUGCUCCCUGCUCCCUGCCCCGCCCGCCCACGGCCGCGCCGCUGCUCGCGCUCGCCGCGCACUACAAGCUGCUCGGCUGCUAGCUGCUCCCUGCUCCCUGCCCCGCCCGCCCACGGCCGCGCCGCUGCUCGCGCUCGCCGCGCACUACAAGCUGCUCGGCUGCUAGCUGCUCCCUGCGACCUGCUCCCUGCUCCCUGCUCCCUGCCCGCUCCGAGCGGCUAAACCGAUCAACUGUGCCCACUGUAGCCAGCGGAAAAAUCUGUGGCUACUAAUCUUAGUACACCUUAUAGUAUUCAUACCUACACAAAAUUACCCGACGAUUUCUUAUUUACAGUUUUUUCAAUCCUUAGCCGUAUUUUGAGAGGUGAAUAUGAGAACAACAGUGCUAAGCUACUUUUACUAUGGGACCGACGAAAAAAUUGGCUGUUUUCUACAUUUUGGCUGAUCAGAUUUCAAUGCUUUCUAUGGGAAAGCAAACAUUUCUUUUACGAGUUGUUUCUAUACCCAGUAAAAGUAGUAUGACCUUUAUAUUCACAUUGCAAAGGGUCCGAAAAACACUUCCCAUACAACCGGAUUUAGGGUGAGCUACAAAAGUUGUAAUUUCAUAUGAAACUUUUUAUUUAUACAAUCAGAAAUUCAAACGCUUUAGCGCAACUCAUUCUUUAAUGGCGCAUUCAAAACGUUGCACAUAAAAACAUUUGUCCAGUAGUUGUUAGUCAGUUUUAUACAAAUGAACUAAUGCAUAAUAAGGCAUAAUACUGUUAAGAAGUACAAUAUAUCAUAAUAAUGUUCAUGUAUCUUUUUUAUCUUUUAAUAAAAUGUAUACAGUUUAAA